CCUCUAAUUAUAACCACCCCUAUCCGUUAAAAUUUCAAUCACUUUUUUUUUCUUUUGCUUGUGGACACUCAACAUAUCCUUUUGAGUUCUCCUUAUCAACAAUGGCGUCUCUCCUCUCAGUCUCCUCCAUUAUUCCCCACAUUUCUUCAUCAUUCAAGGGAAAUACAAGAAUCUUGAAGUCAAGUUCAAAUUUUUUUCCUUCAAUCAAGUUAUCUAAGCCAAGAACAAGAACCCCAUUUGUUGUUUUCAAUCAAGUUUCAGUUUUUAGUGCUCCUGGAAGUGAUUCUGCAAGUGGAAGUGUUAGAUUUAGGCUGAAUAACUUGGGUCCACAACCUGGGGCUACUAAAAAUAGAAAGAGGAAAGGUAGAGGACAUUCAGCUGGACAAGGUGGUAGUUGUGGUUUUGGAAUGAGAGGUCAAAAAUCAAGGUCUGGACCUGGUGUUAGAAAGGGAUUUGAAGGAGGUCAAAUGCCUCUUUAUAGGAGACUUCCUAAGUUGAGAGGAAUUGCGGGAGGCAUGUCUGCUGGACUUCCCAAAUAUGUACCUGUGAACUUGAAGGACAUAGAAGAGGCUGGAUUUCAAGAAGGGGAAGAGGUCUCACUUGAGUCCCUCAAGCAGAAGGGUUUAAUAAAUCCUUCAGGGAGAGAAAGGAGACUUCCACUAAAGAUCUUAGGCGACGGUGAGCUAAGCGUGAAACUUAACUUUAAGGCCCGCGCCUUUUCAUCAUCCGCAAAGGAGAAAUUAGAGGCUGCUGGUUGUUCAUUGACUGUUUUACCAGGGAGAAAGAAAUGGGUAAAACCAUCAGUAGCUAAGAACCUUGCUAGAGCUGAGGAAUAUUUUGCAAAGAAAAGAGCAGCUGCAUCCGACUCAGCUGACCCCUCUUCUGUUUAAGUCAACUUUUGUUAGCCACACAAUUUUUGUUUAUGUUGUCACUCUAGAAAGGGGAUGUAAAGCAACAUUCAAGAAGUUUUGGAUUCUUUUUCUCUUUAAGGUUUCCAAAAUGUAUUCCUAUUUUCCUA